CAGGUGAUGUCUCCAAUGGGUAUUUUGAUCACUGCAAUCUUUUCUGUUGUGUUACUGAAGAAGGUCCUGAGUGGGUUCCAGUGGAUAUCUUUAGUUAUGUUAUUUGUUGGUGUUGCAACAGUCCAGAUGCAGCCUAAAGAAACUAAAAUGGGCCAGAUGGUGAUAGAGCACAAUCCCAUCUUGGGAUUGGUAGCUGUUAUCAUCUCUCGCUUCAUGUCGGGGUUUGCUAUAGUCUACUUCGAGAUGAUCUUGAAAGGCACCCGGCAGUCGGUGUGACUGAGAAAUGCAAAGCUGGGAGCGUUGGGUUUUGUCAUCGGUCUCAUCACAAUGUAUUUCAAAGAUGGUGCUGAGGUGUCAAAGAAUGGAUUUUUUAAUGGCUACGACUCGGUGGUUUGGUUCCUUGUGUAUUGGCAGUGUUUUGUAGGCCUGCUGGUACCAAUGGUCAUUAAAUAUUAUGGCAGCAUCUUGAGUGGUUUGGUAUCUUCUGUUGCAACAGUAUUGUAUUGUGGGAUAUCAAUAUGCCUCUUGGAUUUCCAACUGUCUAUGGAGUUCCCACUGGGAGCAGGUUUGGUUAUUGGUGCUGUUUUUAUUUAUAGCUACUUU